UAGCUGGUAUGUGGAAAACAGUGUUGGAAAAUCACAGUUCGAUAAGUGUUUAACUGCAAGGUAUUAAAAAAUACCAAACGCGUUAUAAUUUGAGCGCAUUCUCCGACGCAAGCAACCAAUGUUUUAAAUAAAACAAUAAAUGUAAUAAACAAAUGGAUAAUUCGUCGUCCACGAGCAAACGGCGCUCGUUAACACUAAGCAGUCGCCUGCUACAGAAGCGGCACAGUGCAUCGCCACAGAAUCGCGUUCGCGCCAGCGCAACACAGGAUGUGACAAAAGAUUUGGCACGCGAUGUGACAGAUACACCACGUUCCCCAAACACACUCGAUAUCGCAGAAAAUGUGGAGUGCACGCCGCCGCACAAGAAGCUGCACAGUCUGGACGACAGUCUGGAUUUCUCGCCACACGCCGCCAACCUAUCACCAAGUUGCCUCUUCUCGCAAACUCUUGUGACGGGCAGCCCCGAGGUGAGUUGGCGUUGGAACUGCGAUGGACGUGGCGACAAGGUCAACACCACCUCAGACAGCGGUUUCGAUUCGGAGGAGUUUGGACCGAAUGCGCCAGCAAGAAGAAAACAAGUGCGGGUGGAUGCCGCACUCGAGUAUCGACGCAAGCAGCUGGACAACAAGCAGCGACAGGCACAGCAGCUACGCGAUCAGGAGCUGCUACAGCAGCGUUACGACAAACUUCACAAGCACCUGGAGCAGCAGCAAUUUGAAGAGGCGUCACCUUCGCCGCCAAUUCCCGUUGAGACAGCCUCAGUCACAGUAGCAGAUGAUCCCGCUUUAGCAGACUUUUUGAAUGACUCAGAUACGGAUUGUUUUCUCCUGGAAGCCACACAGCAACUGGAAUCAAAUCUGGCACCGAAACAGGCUGCCACAACCCCGACGAGGCAUAAUGAUUCAGAUUACUUUCUACUCGAAGCCACACAGCAGCUGGAAUCGAAAUUGGCGACCAAGCAGGCGGCAACAACACCAACGAGUCAUCAUCGCAAGAGCCCCAGCAAGGAAAAGCGGGCAUCGUUCUACAUGAAGUUCCUAGAAGAUGAAAGUGAAUCGGAGGAUUGGUUUUCUGCCCUUGAUGAGGUGAUGCUGGAGGCUACGCAGCCCAAGAAGCCUCGCAUUUCGUUGCAGCGCUACAAAUCGAUGCCUAAUAACACAGCUGCCACAAAUGGAGGCAACGCCAACAGCAGCAGCAAUGAAAACGGCACAAACAACAAAUGUCCCAGUUCCAGCUUGCCUCCUGGUAAGGUGGAGACACCGGGCAUCAAACGUCAUGCGAGUUCUCACGCUUUAUCACCUGCCACAUCAUGCGUGCGUGGAAAUCUAUUUGGCAGGCGGAAAUAAUGCCAAAGACAAUGACAAUAACGAUGACGCUGACGCUGAGAUGUUCUCCUCUUGCUCUCUUCCAGAAUUUCACACAAGUUUCAUGCGGCUAGCUGAGCUUUGAAUGUAUACGAUAAUUAUUUUAGCAUAGCGACUUAAGUCUACAAUUAAGCAUUAAUUGUAAUUUAAAGUUGGCUUCACGCCAAUUGCGCUAAUUGCAUUGUUUACAGCUUCUUUGCGAUGUCCAUAUGCUUUAAUAUUAGCUUCAACUAAACUGCGAGAGCGCUGAAAACUGACGUCAAUGCAUAAUUAAUUGAGAAAGUCUCGAAAGCGCAUUAAUAAUUGAUCAAAUCCGUUUUGUGAAAAUUCACAUUUUCGUUGCUGUUGAAAUGAAAGUUUAAAGUUCAAGUAUUAUUACAAACUGCUAAAAUUAUUUGUGAAAGUCGAUUUAGUAUUUGUUAAAAGCAUUUAGAAUUUAAGCAUCAUAUAAGAUAUGUUAGUUGUUAAGUUAAUCUUAAGUACUGUGCUUUUUUUAAAGAGUUUGUAUUAAAUGUUAAAUUUAUAUUGAGUUGCUAAGCUUUCGAAUGGAGAAAAACGGAAGUGUGGCCGUUAAUGUUUAAUACUUGGCUCACAAUUGCGGGCAUUUAAAAGAAAAAAGAAUGAAAAAAGGUUUAAUACGCGCUUUUGGUCAUAGCUCAUUUCAUUUGGGGCUAAGGUCAAAGUUGAAGCCCUUUCGAGCUAUUAUACGCGACAAAAGGCAAUUCCAAUCACACGCACACACACUUACACUUAUUAGGAAGUGUAUGUGUGUGUGAGUCCAUUUGCUUUUUAUGAAAUGCAAUGAAUCUGUAGCAUAAAGUAUGCUGCCAUAUGUUGACGAUGCGCAGCAUAAACCAAUCGCAGCCGAGCAACAAGCCGAGCAAAUCCGCAUGGAACAAAACAGAAUGAGCAACAACACAGCAAGAGGCGAGAGGGGGAAAAGGGAGAGGGAAUACAAAACAAAAGGCACAAGCAGCAGGUCAACCCAAAAUUGGUGACGUCUACAAAGCGCUAAGCACAAACGCUGCAAAAGUAAUAAUAUGAAAGCUGAAAGCCGAUGGCAGAGCUUGAGAAAGGAGCAGCAGCAAAAGCAGCUGUGCGUGCGAGCAGCACAGCGCUACACGACAAAUGAAAUGCACUGUGUGGGCGCCAAGUGUGAAGAGAGUGAGUGAUGUGAGUUUAGUACUUGGCUGCGAGCGAGCUUUUGAGUUGAGCUUUCACAAUGGUGCUUUUUGAAUGGUGCGGCGCCUUUCGUAUAUUCAUAAUGGCGUCCAUUGACGAAGCUGGCAAACAGUUUUCUGCGCGCAACGCCAAAGUGAGGUUCGUGGCAGCGCACAACAAUAAUAAUUCUACUUGGCGCAGACAAAAACAAAAUUACUAAAAAAAGGAAAAAUUAAAUAAUACACAGACAACAAACACAUAUUAAAGAGCAGGCACAACAUUUAGUUUGCUUGUUUGCCGGCCAUUAAAGUAUUUACAAAAUCGCAGCCAACGAACUUUCUGCUUUUGGUGUCCAGUGAAGCGCGGCCUUUAUUUUUGACACUCUGCCUCUGCCUGCCCUUCCUCCAUCCCCCCAACACAAAAAAGAAAACGAAAAGUCCUCUCCAUCCAUUCAGUGUGAACGAAUUUUGUGGCGCCAGCGUUGCCCCAUCGUCGCAAUUGUGAACUGAAGCGUAAACUGAAGUCAAAAGCAACAAAAAAAGUAAAAAAAAUAAGCAAACGGAGCAAAGCAAAACAAGCGAAAAAGGAACGACGACAAAAGCGACAAA